UAGGGUUAACCAUGUAGACACAAGUGGGCUGCAUUUAAAGCUGCAGCUAGUUGACUUUCAACAUCUGACGGAGACUUUGUGUCAGCGCGGUUUCAUGGCGUGAUAGACUAAUUUAAAUCUUGUUUACUUUAUUAAAAAAACCAACAUGAAUCUCGUCAGGUCUCGCCUUUCCAUCGGCAACCUCUUAGGUCAGAGGAGCAGACAGGUCAGUGAGACCUGGAGCCACAGAGGGAUGUGCAAUAAACCACAGGAGGCCAAAGCAGAGCCUCCGCCUUCAGCUCCAGCACAUGCACCUCGCCCCGGGUUUAGAAUCCCAGGCUACAGACCCUCCCCAUUGGACAAGAAGAUCUUGGUCUGGUCGGGACGCUUCAAGACAGCAGACCAGAUACCAGAGCUUGUGUCGUUUGAGAUGAUUGACGCCGCCAGAAACAGAAUGAGAGUGAAAGCCUGCUAUGUGAUGAUGGCGACUACAAUAGGGGCCUGCUUGUUGAUGGUCUUCCUGGGCAAAAGGGCUGCAGGCAGACACGAGUCCCUAACGGGUCAAAACAUGGAGAAGAAAGCUAAAUGGAGGGAGGAACUACAAAGAGAGAGGGAAGCUAGUCUUUCCCUGUCUGAGAAGGCUCAGUGAUGGAAAACUAGCGCCUACACAAUUACGUCAUUUUCCCCAAAUAUUGGGCCAACAAUGUCCCUGUUCCUGCUGUUUAGUACGUACCACAACUACAGAGCUCUCCACUAGAGUGUAGAGCAACCAAAACUUUUCAGAGCAGUCUAGCAUCAGCUUUUGCAACCAGGAGACAAAUAUGGAUUAUGUAAGAAUUGUGAAACCCAAUGAAAGGUUUUAUCUUUGAAGCGAAUGUAUUUAGGGUAUAAACUGGCACCUGUUUGUUGAGGAAAUGGUACUCGCGCUUUUUGUAGCAAGGAUUUGUGAGGAAUGGAAACCCACAAUAUGACUUAGCUGAAUACUUUUAAUGCAGGUUUCAAGUGCCACUGGGUUUUUAUAUCUACUUGUUUGCUUCAAGUACACACAAGUAUGAUUCUCAGACAAGAAAACUGUUAAACAGACAUACAAAUUUCCAUUUCUCGUUACGAUAAUUAGGUUUUCCUUCAGUGCUUCUAGUGAAGUUCCAACGUGUACCUCUCAAGCUUUCCGACUUUUAAGCCUUAGGUAUUAAAUUUGCCUCAAAGGCAGGAAUCUUCUGUGUCUUUCCGUUAGUAAAGACAGAACAGCACUAAAGAGUUUCAACUGGUCUUCAUUUUUCUGAUGAGAAGUGGAUCAGACAUGUGAUCCAUAUGCACAAUGGUCUGUCCUGUCCUGAUUAUCAUGUAAUGUGACAUCCACAGUAUGUUUGUAUAUAGUAAGCACCACAAAGAUCGGUUCAAUAAAGUAGUACUUCUUGA